AUGACAUCGUCCAUGGGCAUGUCUUCUCUCGUCAAAGCCCUCCCAGUCGGCAAGGGCCCGAAAACCCUCAAGCACAAGGUCUUCGAGCUCGUCUUCGACCAUCUCCUCAAGCAGGCCGAGCAGAAGACCGCGUCGAUCCUCUUUUGGACCUCCCGUAACCCCGAUCACAACCCCAAAUCUCUUCUGGUCCCUUUCGACCAAGUCGACUACGAGGUGCUCGGAAACCGCGCCCCUCAGCGCAAGCGUCAUCGCAUCAUCGGCGUCCUCAACCAGAUCGACCGCCGCUCCCGCAUCAAGUUCAAGCUUGUCUUCCGCCCCUGGGAGAUGAUCUACAACGAAGGCAACGAGCCCAGCUUCAAGCGCGUCGGCUGGAUCUGCCCAACCAGAGACCAAUUCCUCCUCUUCGUGGGUGAGCCAGAAAGCAUCCCGUACCUUCAUGCCGCUCUCAUGAGACCUCGCCCCGCCAACUGCCCAAUUACCCACUCCAUUCAGAGCGUCCGCAUCUUCAUCACCGAGUUUUUCCGCUACGCCUAUGGCAAGGACUUCGAGGCGAUCCUCCAUCUGCCCAACCUCAAGCAAGUCGCCAUUGACGUCGGCACCGUCCGCGUCCCUGGGAACAUCCCCAAGAGAAAGCGCCACCAGCACAACGCGGAACUCCCCAUCGACUUCAACCUGUUCCCGUCCCUCGUCGAGUGGGAGCGGAAGCAUCGCCAGGAGAUGAGGCCUGUCUGGACCAAGCUCAGGCAGAAGGGCAUCAAGCUCGUGUGCUACGCGCCUGCUGCCGGCGAUGUGGAGCUUCUCGAGCUCAUUCGCAAGGACGAUGGCAGCGUCCGCAUGAAAUUCCUCGACCCCGUCUGCAACUGCUACGAUCCUCAGCGUCACCCAAUUGUGAUUGCUAUGAAGGCUGACAACGGCGGUCAGCUGGACGUGGUCGGCUGCGGUGACCUGGCUCGUGGAGUUGGAUUCAGUGGUCAUUAG